AUGCCAUACCGUACAGUUUUGCCUACAAACGCAUGCAGCUUCAUUGUAGCUGUGAAUGCUCUGCCCCUCUCCUUUUCACCCUUGAUGAUUUGAGAAUGUACAGGAUCUAGCUGUGUGAUGUAGAGUGUUCCUAACUUGGUAGGCAAAGGAGCAUGUGGAUCUGAUGGUUCAACCCACUAGGUGGGAUGGCCAUGUGUGAGGAAACAUCGAUGUUUGAGGCUGAAUGGCCUGCUCUUCUGCACGCAGCCUUUCCAUCAAGACAUGUCCAGACUUUGGGUUUCAUGGGCUAUUUAUAUUGAGACAAAUAGACUUUACAAAGGCAAAAGUCCUUUUGAAAGUAGUUGA